AUGAUUUUGCCAUCUCUAGUUUGCAUUGAACGCGGUUUGCAAAUUUUACUUUUGUUUGAAGUAUCUUUUGAUUGCUGUUUAUUGUGAAAAGAGAGCACCAUGAGCUCAGCGGAUGAUGAUAUUCCUGGUACGUCGUCGUCAGCGGCUGCUGCCAAAACCACCGACUAUGCCAAGAAAUACAAGCGUUCGAAGUCUCGAUUAAGUAAAUCCUCAAAAUUCACAUCUCACUCACCGGAUAGGAAGCACAAUCUAUUCCAUCAUCGUAGUCCGACCAGUCUACGGGAUCGUGUCUUGCUGGCCAAUGCCAAUGCUGUGGAACGGGCCUUGUCGGUGUCCACUGGUGAUUUGAGCGAUAGCACUACUACCACUAGCGGCAGUAGCGGUAGCACCACUACCUCCAGCGGCUCCUCCAGCAGCAGCAGCGGCUCAUCGUCGCCCACACCGUCCAGUGAACCUAAACCUGGUGCCAUACGAAAACCGAAGAAAAAGAAGACCAAAAAAUCCAAGGAUCGUCGCAAUUCGAGAGAUUCAGUUUUAAUUGGAUUUUCGGGAAGCUUUCCAAAUUUAUCCUCAACCCAAAGCAUCGAUUCGGAAUCGGAGAGACAGCCGUCUCCUGGCGAUCUUAGGUCAAUUGGUGCCAGCGGCCUGGGCAUUUUUCCACCAGAACGUUAUGAGACAGAGCUGGCGGAACAGCAGCAAAAGCAUUUGGACUCUCCAUCCGCAUCCUCAUCAAUCUCUGAUCCGAAUUCAACUGCUACUACACCGACACCAACAGCCAUGCAACAGCCAAUUUCAAUCCCUACACCGAUCCCAGCAUCCCCAUCAGAUGAACAAGCAACUCUAACAACAGAAACAACAGCAACAUCAAGUUGCAUUAAUCUGAUAUCGACAACUAAGAUCACUCCAAGUGCAAUUGCAUAUUCCCCGGCAAAAGUAGAGGAACCAAAACCAGAACCUAAACCAGAACUAGAGGACCAACAAACUGAUCUACCACGCACCAUUGAACCAGACCAAGAGCAACAGAAGGAAAAUGUUAUUCCAAAGACGGAAAUAGGAAAGCCUAUGGAGGAAGCAACACCACAAGACGAUGAUGAAAUCGAUAAAGAUGUUUUACGUAUACGUAAACGAAGUGCUUCUGGUGGCAUUAUCCAGAAGGCAGAGGGGGAAGGCAACGGAGAUGUUGCUGGCCAUGAAGAUCCGAAACAGGAUAGGCAACAUUUACAAGCUAAGCGUAAAAAAAUAUCAGCAUUGCCAUCAGGAUGCGGACUAAGUGGACGCUCCAAAUCAUUCAGUGUCGCGAGUAGCACAGAACGUGAUGCGGAUGCGAGCAGACAACGAUCUCUGAGUGAGGCAAAUGUGUCAUUAAUAGACAAUGUUAAUUUUGUGCAUAAACCACAGAAAGUGGAGCUGGAAGAACAAGUAGUGCACAAGAAGGAGGAGGAGCAGGAAGAGGAGGCGGAGGAGCAGCAUCAACAGGAGCAGGAGAAGAAACCGCUCAACCCCCAAGUAGAUAUAAAUGCAGAUGAACCACACGCACCGCCAAGUGGUUUGCUUUUGUCGAAAACCAAGGAGGAAGAGACGUCGGCCACCGUUAAAAGGUCGGAGCGACUGUCGGCUCAGCAGACGCGUCGUCCACCGACACCGAAAUUAAAGCCAACCGAUGAACACUAUCGCCUUCCUUUUGCCCAUGGCUGGAAACGUGAACUGGUCUUGCCCAGCACCGAUACCCAUCGACGGUCCGGCGAUGUGUUCUUCAUCUCGCCCGAGGGUCGCAAGUUUCGGUCACGUGAAGACAUUAUACCCCAACUCAAGGGCGAUCUGACAAUUGAUCACUUUUGCUUUCAACGCGUUUCACAAGAAGUGGGUCCAGAGUUUGAGCUAGUGCGUCGUGCUGUGCCGGUCAAUGCGAGGUCGCAGCCCAGUUUCUUCUCAUCCACGCCGGCAGUGUCCGGUAAACGGGUGCCCAAACCGAAGGUACCCAAGGGAGCUAGUCCCCCGCCUGAAGGAUGGACACCCACCAUGGCCGUUAAAGGCAAUGCCCGAGCAAUAGCGGCGACGGCGUCCACCAAUGGGUCAAAUAGUUCAAGUGUGGGCCAUUCUCAAGCCGGUGCCACUAGUGUAAACUCUUCGCGCAAGCGUAGUGCGCAGAUAUCCAGCAAGCAUACGGCAGCGAAACAGCAACCAUCUCCACCAGCAGCAGCUGCAGCACCAUUAAAGCUUCCUAACCAGAGUCAGAGUCAGGAUUCUUCAUUUGAUAACGACGCCGACAACGAAGCCGAAGUGGAAGAUGAAGAUGGCAAUGUCAGUGGCGCUAGUAUGCUCGAAAUAAGCGAGCAAAUGGAACAACCGGGUCAAUUGCCUCCUGCCCAAUUGCUUAGUGAUAACGUCCUAAGUCCUGACACGCCUCGCUGGCAGGAGAUUGUGGUCAUUGGUGGCCGUAAAGCAAUUUCAAUUUUGGACAAUCCGCCAAGAAUUUCAACUCGUCGUUCCUCUCCCGUAGUUCCCCAAGCGGUAAUAGAUGGCUGGAAUAGUAAAUACGAUCAACUCUAUAACAAGCGCAUAGCAGGACCCAAGAAAUUGAAUCAGAAUGCAAUAUUGGAGAGUUUGGGCAAUGCUCAUAAUGGCUGUCAAGUCCUAAUGGGCAUUAUGAAAACUAUGACCCUUAAGGAACGUGCCAAUAUGUCACAUGUGUGCAAAACCUGGGCCAUGAUCAGUCGGGAUAGAAGUGUCUGGAAAUCCGUCACCCUAAGGGAUACUUAUAUUAGUAGUUGGAUUAUUUGCAUGCGAGAGUUGGCUCGUCAUCGCACAAGGGAUCUGGACAUGAUGGGCAUGAUAUUGGCUAAACCGGAAUUGCGAUUGACCGGUGAUUUGCGUAUAUUAAAAUCUCUAAGAGUGUUACGCACCGAUCCCAGUGAUGCGGAGUUUUUGCAUUUGGUAUUUAAGCAUCUGACACAGCUGCUGGAACUGCGUUCCAUUUGCACCAGCAACUCGCUCAGUCUGUCGAAUCUGGAGUCGAUGCAUGGACUGAAGGUACUACGACUGCACAUGAUUGAUCCCUCAGCGAAAAUCAAUUCAUUGGGCACGCUCGGGCAACUGACCAACUUGACCGAGCUGUGUGUGCGCGGAGCUACAAAUCUGGAUGAAAUGGAGAUCGCUCAGCUGAAGGCAUUGACCAAACUGGAGACUCUGGUGUUGGGAUCUUGUUUGGAUGUGGAUCGGGUGCAACUGGGCCAAGAGGUAUUGCCAGCUCUUACGAAUCUUCGACAUUUUCGACUGGAGAACGAACACAAGCUCAUGGAUGUUUUUCCCAUACACGACAUAAUGCAGGGCUUGUCUGCUGCUGGUCAGGUCAAACGGUUGGAAUUGGUCAAUGUGGAUGUGGAUGAGGAUUUCGGGCAUCUAAUGGCCAAAUGCAAGAACUUGGAGGAACUCCUGUUAAUGCCCAAAUGUAUGCAUAAUACAGCCAAUAUGACCAAUGCUGUGAUGCAAGCGGUCAGCGAUAAUGCUGAUCAGUUAAGGGUUCUUCGGAUGGGCCUCGCGACUCAGCUACUAAGUGCCACGAAUUAUCUGUGCAAGGGCAAAGAUGUGGUGCCAGUGCGUCGACCCGUUCCAGGCAUUCCUGCCAAUGAUCACUUAAACUUCUGCUCCGACGAUUGCCAUGAAACUGAUCAUGGCCAGUGUGUGGCAUAUUUACCAAUGGAACGCCUCGAAUCUAUUUUGCAUCACAUGAUGCCGCAGGCCUGGCUAAGUGUGGCCAAAAUAGCCAUGCGUGACACAACAAAGCUUCAGUUCCUCAAACGGCCAGAUGUUGGCAAACCAAUGAACCGGGAAUUGCAGCAGCAGCGGCAGCAGCUGAAUCAAGAUCCUAUGCUCAAAGAACCAAAACCAACAGCUCCUUGAAUCCAACUUUCGUUUGGAUAACUUUCCUCUCGAUCUCUCUCGUCCCAACUACUGCACUAUCCUUCAUCUAUCCUUCAAUAUAUAUACAAUUUCGUUUAUACUUUUGUAAUCCCCCAGAGAAUAUCAAGACUGAGUCUUCGAGAGCCAUCACAAAGAAAAAAAGAAACCUCCCCACACACACACACACACACACACAAAACAAACAAACUACAACAACAAAAAAGUAUUAACUGAGGAGACAUUUUAUAUUUGUGUUCUCCCUUUUUAGCUGCAAAGUGGCUAUAUAGGGAGAGAGCUAGGAUCGAUAAUUCAUCCAGCGGUAUAUGUAUAUUCCGAAAUAUGUGUUUAACAUUUUUUUUUGCAAUGUUAUGAAAUGAAUCAUCAAUAAAACUUCUAUUUAGAAACCAAAA